AUUUUCUUAAACUUUGUGCACUAUUAUAAAACAUCAAGUAUUAUGAAACAGAGAGAGUAGUAUUCCCUAUAUUACUCGUACAACUGUACAAGAGACGUGAGAGUGAGACAAACAAAAGGCCAAACCUACUCAUCAUUAUAUAGUUUUAAUAUUUACCUCUUUUUUUUAGACUACGAAUAUUUACCUAUUUUGGAAUCGAUUUAACAGCUAGUCAAAUCAUAUUCCUUCUGUCAGAUUAUCAAGAAUUUUUAAAUUUGGAAUUCGUCAAAUUAUUUUCUGGAGAGAAUAAAUUUUAAUUUUAUUCAGUAAUUGCCGUUAAUGAUAUAAUAAAACAAAGAAAAGAAAAUCAGUAAUUAAUAAGAAAAUAAUAUCAGUAAUUAUUUUGAGGUUGGUGUAAAUGACGUGAGGAUAAGAUAGGCUAAACCUAGCCUACAUGUAUCUCAGCCGUUCAAAUUUAUCUGACAUCAAUUUCACGAAGAUCAACGGUGGUAAUUUUCUCUUGAAUACGACAGUAGUGGAUAUAUUACCAAAUUAAUUACCCUCCAACUGUUAAAAUAAGAAAAGAAACUAAAAUAGGAAAUAAUUAACUUUUCUAUGAUAAAAUACUUUCCUUUAUAAUCAAAAAAAUUGUAUACAAUUUUAGCAAAAAAAAAAAUUGUAUACAAGCCCUAAAGCGGCAUUUUUUCUUCUCGUUCAAAUUUCAAAUUAGAGAAAAACAAAUCAAAUGUCUAUAUAGGACGAUCAGACCUUCGCGAAGGUUCUAUAAUCAUACUAACGCUUUAGCUAUUUAUAUGGAUGCAACAAAUCACAAAACAAAUCAGAGAAAAACAAAUCAAAUGGCUCCAACGAUCAAAUUCAUGGGGGAAGGCAAGUCUCACCAAGUCUACUUCAUCAACUUCUUUGGACAAAACUUGGAUGCCACCUACACUCCCUCCGUCAUCAGGCGGUGGAUCCGAGACGUCGUCUACCGUCACCGUCGUUCGCGUUGUUCACACCCUCUCGUCGUUGGAGUCGGCGUUCAGUGGACACCGUCAUGGUACUUCUCACCACCGGCGUACGACCGUGCAGCGGACACUCUCCAGUUAUGCGUGGGAACAUCAGUUCUCAUCGUCCAGCUCUCUUACUGUCAGCGCGUCCCCAACAUCCUUCGACGUUUCCUCACGAAUCCCGACACGACUUUUGUCGGUUUCUGGAACAGCCAAGACGUGAGAAAGCUGGAAAUAACGAGACACCGGUUGGAGAUUGGAGAGCUUCUUGAUGUAAGGAAGUACCUUGCAGAUCAACAAGGUAGGAGUCUGAGGGGUCGUUCGUUUGAGGGGAUUGUUGAGGAAUGUAUGGGGCUUGAAGGAGUGAGGCUAGAUCGGAAGAUAAGCAAGAGUGAUUGGAGUGUUGACUACCUCAGCAAAGAGCAGUUAGUUCAGGUGUCGGUGGAUGCUUAUGUUUCCUUCAAGCUCGGUGUUGAUGCUCGUUUAUGGCAAGUUUGAAGACAUGUAUUAAGAGGAAUACUAUGUCCUGAAUCUUUAGUCUUUAAUCUUUUGUUAGAUUGUCGAAAAGGAAAAAAAUGUUAUCACUCGUUUAAACCAUCUCCAAUGCCACUCUAUUUUUUCUUCUAUAAUUUACAUCAAAAUAGAGUAACUAUAUUGUAGUGUAACUUUUGCUCCAAUGGUGUUACUCUAUAAUAGAGUUACUCUAUUAUAGAGUUAAAUAUAGAGUAAUGUCACUUUUUCACUCCAAAUAUAGAGUAAAAUAUGACAUUCCUCUAUAUUUCACUCUAUAAUAAAGUAACUCUAUUAUAGAGUAACACCAUUGGAGCAAAAGUUACACUAUAAUAGAGUUACUCUAUUUUAGUGUAAAUUAUAGAGAAAAAAAUAGAGUGACAUUGUAGAUGCCCUAAAUUGAAUAGAUAACUAAUGUUCUUGAUCAUUCACAUAUGCAUUUGUGUGAUUUUAGUGAUUGAUACUAAACAUUUGGUGAGAAUUUUCCAGUUUUUGAAAUAUUCACCAAUACAAUUUUAAUAAUUUGUUUUCAUAAAAAACUUAUAUAACUGUUUGCAGGGUAAAAAACUCCCUUAACUUUCAAUGCAAAUGUUCUUAUGUCAAACAAGCAAAUUCAAAAUCAACCAUUUUAAUCAAUUUAAAUUCUUAUUGCCAAAAGACAAAAUUUCAGGUAACGUCUAUCGAACGUAUAUCCAAAUUGUAACAGAUCUCGUCUAGAUCAAUGCCUUCUCGUUGCGUUAUAGUUUUACGUACGUGUCAUAUAAUUUGUUUUGAGUAAGGUAUAA